AUGCACGAGGAACGACAGUCUAUCGCGCUCAGCGGAAAUCAAAGAGCUGAUGAAAGGAGCAGUCAUGCAGAACUGCUGGACCUACAAUUUACUGGGAAGCAUGCUGAGAUACUUGUUGUUACCGCAAAACCAAAGCAUCAUCAAUUCAGGUUUGAUGUCUGGGAAGCAUCCGCUGAUAACCAGGCCCCUUUUGAGUUCAACAGUGACGCCUGGAAUCCUCUCAAAAGAAGGAAUUCUAUUGCCCCAAACCAGCAUGCCCACCAUAAUGAUAUAUUCAGCAGGCCUGUGUAUAGUCCAGUCAGUGGAUAUCCUGAUUCUGGGUAUGGGAGCCAGGCUGGAGGAGAUGCGCAGUCGUUGAUGAGUGUGCCGAGUGCAAAUGAGUUCUCCAGUGCCUUUGAGGAUAGCGGUUCGUCGUAUGCGACUCUCAUGAAGGAUGAUCCGCUUAGAUGCAUCAAGUGUUCAUGGACGGGCAAGACCCAAUCACAGAAAAAGUCAUUGCAUAUUCACUUUCCACCCAUUCUGAUGGUUAGGCUGACUCAACCCUUCUCCAGAAAGCAUGAUGCACGACAUGCAAAGGCGCACAGAUGCGAAGAAGACGGUUGUGACGCCGGCUUCGGUACCAAAAAUGACCUCGAAAGACACCGUAAAGCCGUUCACAGCAAAAGCCCGCGCUGUGGUCCGACCGACCGAUACAAAUGUUUUGGCAGAAACUGCCAGCAUCCUGAUAAAGUGUGGCCAAGGCUGGACAAUUUCAAAGCACAUCUCGACCGCAAGCACGCCGAUGAAAGCCAACAAGCGUUGAUAGCUCAGUCUCGCGAUUGGUACGAGAAAUGCAAAAAGGAGAAGUCUUCUGAGUCCCUCGCUGAGAGGACGGUCGAUACCAUCACGCCGUCAAAGACAUUAAACAAUCCAGGCACAUACUUUGAUAUUUUCCCCGAAAACUCCCGACUAAACGAACCGAUCUUUGACAAGCAUGACCCGGCAAAUAGAGAAGAUAUCUUCCAGUUCACUCAGUCAAAUAGAAAACUGCCAGGCUUGCAAACCGUAUUAAAUCCCGUAAUAUCCGAAGAAUGCAUGGAUUCGACAACCGGAGGCCCGGAACAACGCAUCCUUCCAAGCGUUCAAGCAUUCGAGCGAGGAGUCGCGCUCAUGCAAGCGCUGACGGUAGCAACAUUGCAAAACAAUGGCAAUCAAGUGCCAUCCCCGCUUAAUGCGAGCGAGAAUACAUCCUCAGUCGACAAUGCGGACAUAUCAAAAGAUGUGCCGGGAAUGCUUGCGGAAAAACUGCCCAAUAUCAGCCAACUUUCCAACGAGGAGACCAAGUUUUGCCUCAAUGUGAUAUCUCAAAUGCAUUCGAAACUGACUCUGCAACAAGCAUCAUCAAAGUCAGGAACCAGUAGCCCAGGAGCAAAUUUCGAGAAUAAGGAGAUGGCUAGACAAGAAGGCCUAAAAUGUCCGAACUGCCCCAAAUGGUUCGACCGACAGUCUUUGUUGAAGAAACAUCAGAAACGCCACGAAAGGCCGUACGGCUGCACAUUCGCCGGCUGCUACGGUGAAUUUGGCAGCAAGGCUGAUUGGAAACGUCAUGAGAGUAUGCAACACUACCACGUCCAAUGUUUUCGGUGCCCUCUCCCUCGCGAGAAACGCGCCGAGUGUGCAUCACUUUUCUCCCACGAAAAAGAGUUUAUCAAGCACCUCAACGAAGCCCACCCAUACGUCAGCGAGAACAAGGUCCAGGGCGUGAUUGACAAAAGCCGCAUUGGGGCCUAUGACCAUGAAUCCAAGUUCUACUACUGGUGCGGAUUCUGCAAGAAGAUCAAGCUCGUCGAGAAACGCGGCGUGGAAGCCUGGAACGAGAGAUUUGAUCAUAUCGAAACACAGCAUUUUCGAAAAGGCGAGAAUAUCAAAACGUGGCUUCCGGCCAAGGGGCAUACGAUGAAGGGGGCUCGUAAAAAGAGAGACAAGCUUCGAAGUGCGAAUAGAACGCCGAAAAAGCCCAGGAAAAGGCUGUCAGAAGAGAUUGAGCAGUCUGAUUAUUAUAACAAUGGGGAAGAAAUUACAGCCUACGAUGUGUGCUCGACGAGUGAGGAUGACACUGAUGUUGAGGCCAAGCAGCUGUCCAAUAACUACAAGCAGAAGAAAAACAAGAUGCCUAGAGUAGAUCAGUCUGAUAAAGAAUUAGCUUGUGUGAUUUGUUGCUGUUGCCAUGACGGACCACAUCUCGUUUCUGAGAGUUGCACGUCUUGUUCUCACAAAUUUUGUGCUUAUUGCCAUGUUGAGAAGCAGGUUGGCAACGAAGAUGAUUAUGUUCCGGGGGCUGCGCCAUGA